AUGCAGCUGGAGCACUGCCUUUCUCCUUCUAUCAUGCUCUCCAAGAAAUUUCUCAAUGUGAGCAGCAGCUACCCACAUUCAGGCGGAUCUGAGCUUGUCUUGCACGAUCAUCCCAUUAUCUCGACCACUGACAACCUGGAGAGAAGUUCACCUUUGAAAAAAAUUACCAGGGGGAUGACGAAUCAGUCAGAUACAGACAAUUUUCCUGACUCCAAGGACUCACCAGGGGACGUCCAGAGAAGUAAACUCUCUCCUGUCUUGGACGGGGUCUCUGAGCUUCGUCACAGUUUCGAUGGCUCUGCUGCAGAUCGCUACCUCCUCUCUCAGUCCAGCCAGCCACAGUCUGCGGCCACUGCUCCCAGUGCCAUGUUCCCGUACCCCGGCCAGCACGGACCGGCUCACCCCGCCUUCUCCAUCGGCAGCCCCAGCCGCUACAUGGCCCACCACCCGGUCAUCACCAACGGAGCCUACAACAGCCUCCUGUCCAACUCCUCACCGCAGGGCUACCCCACCGCCGGCUACCCCUACCCACAGCAGUACGGCCACUCCUACCAAGGAGCCCCGUUCUACCAGUUCUCCUCCACACAGCCCGGGCUGGUGCCUGGCAAAGCGCAGGUGUACCUGUGCAACAGGCCCCUUUGGCUGAAAUUUCACCGGCACCAAACGGAGAUGAUCAUCACCAAACAGGGAAGGCGCAUGUUUCCUUUUUUAAGUUUUAACAUUUCUGGUCUCGAUCCCACGGCUCAUUACAAUAUUUUUGUGGAUGUGAUUUUGGCGGAUCCCAAUCACUGGAGGUUUCAAGGAGGCAAAUGGGUUCCUUGCGGCAAAGCGGACACCAAUGUGCAAGGAAAUCGGGUCUAUAUGCAUCCGGAUUCCCCCAACACGGGGGCUCACUGGAUGCGUCAAGAAAUCUCUUUUGGAAAAUUAAAACUUACAAACAACAAAGGAGCGUCAAACAACAAUGGGCAGAUGGUGGUUUUGCAGUCCUUGCACAAGUACCAGCCCCGCCUGCAUGUAGUGGAAGUGAACGAGGACGGCACGGAGGACACCAGCCAGCCCGGGCGCGUGCAGACGUUCACUUUUCCCGAGACUCAGUUCAUCGCCGUCACUGCCUACCAGAACACCGAUAUUACACAACUGAAAAUAGAUCACAACCCUUUUGCUAAAGGAUUUCGGGAUAAUUAUGAUACGAUCUACACCGGCUGCGACAUGGACCGUCUGACCCCUUCGCCCAACGACUCCCCGCGCUCGCAGAUCGUGCCCGGGGCCCGCUACGCCAUGGCCGGCUCUUUCCUGCAGGACCAGUUCGUGAGCAACUACGCCAAGGCCCGUUUCCACCCGGGCGCGGGCGCCGGCCCCGGGCCGGGCACGGACCGCAGCGUGCCGCACACCAACGGGCUGCUGUCGCCGCAGCAGGCCGAGGACCCGGGCGCGCCGUCGCCGCAGCGCUGGUUUGUGACUCCGGCCAACAACCGGCUGGACUUCGCCGCCUCGGCCUACGACACGGCCACGGACUUCGCGGGCAACGCGGCCACGCUGCUCUCGUACGCGGCGGCGGGCGUGAAGGCGCUGCCGCUGCAGGCGGCUGGCUGCACGGGCCGUCCGCUCGGCUACUACGCCGACCCGUCGGGCUGGGGAGCGCGCAGCCCACCGCAGUACUGCGGCGCCAAGUCGGGCUCGGUGCUGCCCUGCUGGCCCAACAGCGCCGCGGCCGCCGCGCGCAUGGCCGGCGCCAACCCCUACCUGGGCGAGGAGGCCGAGGGCCUGGCCGCCGAGCGCUCGCCGCUGCCGCCGGGCGCCGCCGAGGACGCCAAGCCCAAGGACCUGUCCGACUCCAGCUGGAUCGAGACGCCCUCCUCCAUCAAGUCCAUCGACUCGAGCGACUCGGGGAUUUACGAGCAGGCCAAACGGAGGCGGAUCUCGCCCGCCGACACGCCGGUGUCCGAGAGCUCGUCCCCGCUCAAGAGCGAGGUGCUGGCCCAGCGGGACUGCGAGAAGAACUGCGCCAAGGACAUAGGCGGCUACUACGGCUUCUACUCGCACAGCUAG